UAGACUUCAACAUAGAUGCGUACUAGAGCCUUGAAGGCCGCCAUAACAUUCAUUCUUAUUACAACCGCAUACGCUGAUUACAAUGAAACGAUUAUGCAAACGAUGUACGGGUCUGUUGCGGACUGGGUCCACUAUAGUCCCCAUCCCGACCCCAGCCCUGCGUGUCGACUGGGUGCGCCAUUGAGAGUCGCCUACUUCACCCGUCACAAUGCCACGCUGUGGGACUGGAUUGCGGUGACGAGCCACCUUCGCGCCCCCUGGACGCGUGUUAAUCCCGGAUUGUACCAGGCGUACGGGCUUGACACCACCACCGCCAACAGCGUUUGGGAGGCCCUGGGCCACAUGCUGUGUCACAUGGCGGACAUCCUCAUCUUCAGCGACACCAUCCCUGACGCUCGCCCACUGCUGCAGGGCGGCUGUACGACACCCCUCAUCUUGCAGGUGACAAACCGCUUUGACCACGGGAUAGCACCCAGGGAUCAUGAUGCAUACACCGCACUGAUGUCGGAAGCCGCUAUCCAACCACACGUGUGGUGGGUGCUCAGCAACCCGUACGAGGAGUUGCUCAUAAGCAAGCGGGGCAUAAAGCUUCCACCGAGCCGGUUAAAGUUGCUCCGGCCUCUAGGAAUGAACCUGCUGCACAAUGGCAGCAGCCAGCCAGCUGACACGGAUCGCUCUCGGUUUGCCUUGGUGGAGCCCUUGCGCUCAAACCGCCUUGAGAACACCGUCAUUCUUCCUUGGCUUCGAAGCAACAGCCUAACAGAUAACCUCCAGCUUUACCGUCAGCCACACGCCGGUCCCGCAGCGCUAGCGCAACACCGUGCUGUUAUUGCCGUUCCGUAUCAGAUGUCAGCCCUAAAGAUGUAUGAGGGCCUGUCAGCCGGGGCGGUCUUCGUGGUCCCAAGUCCGGCGUUCCUGAGGAACCUGACGUCGCAGCUGGACGCCAGCCAAAUGGCCUUCUGUUGCAGGGACUUGUUACAUGACUAUCCGGACAGCUGGCAGGACUACUUUGACUGGUAUCACAAGGACUUUAUAAACGCGCACAUCCUCUUCGACAGCUGGGAGCAUUUAAAACGGUUAAUUAAAGACCGUGAGGGGACCGGGAAGCUAGUGGAGGAGAAGCGUGUGGUCGGGAAGGAGGCCAUGCGCCUUUCUAGGCAACGCACGCUGGAUGGCUACAGCAGCCUGUACCGCUCGCUCAGCCAGCAGGCGUGUGGGAUGGCCCGCAUGGAAAGAAAAAAGGGAGGGGCGCGGGUAGCCAGCCAUGAGCAGGAGCUGCUUGCGGUGAUCAGCAAUUGGAUGCGGGACUAGGUGAUGGCCUAAAUGACGUAUUCCUUCCAACAAGUCAUUAUAUAAACGGCGUGCAUUGCAAGAAUGUGCUAGCAUCAAUUGGGACCUGACUUGUCACCAGGCGCAAGUUGUGGGCGCUAGUGUAGGCGCUAGUUAGCACCUGGAUUUGAAGUUUGCCAUCCAAGUCGUCGCUGUGAGUAGGUGAUUAUAGGAACAAAAGCUAGAAGUUUACAUCCAUGAUUAAUUGGAAAUUCAUGCUUAAGCUUGAUUGGUUUCCACUGUUGUUGCAUCCCCCGCCUGGAAACAACGCAAUGUUUUUACAAGACGCUGAACGAGCCUUGCGGGGGCUCCUGCCAAACGUGGCAUUCCGGUGUGGGCUUGGUAUUUGGCAGUUGAGACGGCGAGUGGCCAACUGUCUGUAGCUACAUGAGAGUUGCAAAAAGUUGCCUAACAGUUGAUUGCGCGCGGUUGGUGUGAUUGGGUUUGUAUUUACACAGGCUAAGCGCUGCCUGUCAUCUCACUUAGGAAUUGAUCUUCAACUUUGCCACGGACGCGUGCACGUGCGUUGCGUUGCUUGCUAGUGGUGUCUGGCUUCCUUAGGAGUUAUGCUACACCCACAUAAUCAACAAGUGCGUCGGGAGUGUGCUGUAGGCCCGCCUACACAUUGCCUUGCUUGCAGGACACGUGAACAACAGUUGUUGCCCAGCGUCGGUUGAAGCAAUACAAGCAACGUAAGGUCAUCUUCUAAGUGGUUGCCUCUUCGAUUUGGAUAUAAACCCAUUACUUUGGCCUCGUAAUACUAAGU